UAUUUCAUCUGUUCAUUUUAUAAACACUGUAGAGUAUAUUAAGAGUCUAUGGAUUGGCAUCGAGCUAAACUGGUUUGAAUGGGUCUUGGAAUAAACAUGUAUUAAUAGAUCCAAAGCAAUAAUGUGUCUUUGUAACGAAAUGUAAAUGAGUGAAGCCUGGGUAAGGCAUCCAGGGGUGCGUUCAAUGUAACAGGCGUGUUAAUUAGUUGUUCACUGCCAUUAGGGAUUGGGUGCUCUAUUUCCUGGAAGAAUAGUUCACUGGAAGAUGAUAUCCUAGUGUAAUCCAAAGCCGAACACACUGUCAUUUCACUAGCAGCAUAGAAAUGAAUUAUUCAGGAGGUUGGAGGUUACAGGCUACUAUAAAUGCAUCGGCAUCAGGGUUGACUGCUGCGGUUCCGCCUCAUCCUGACUCACAGGCAGAGAGCCACGUGAAAAUGUAGGCUAAGCCGGGCAGUGUUGCUAAACUGGCGACAUUUACCGCUCCUGUUCAGCUUGCUAUAGUCAUGACCCGGUGUUUGAGGAAAUUAAUUCAACCUUUGUAUCCGCUUAAAGGAAAUUAGUCACCCUAGAACAUGGUCAUAAGUUGAUGGGUGAGAAACAGCACUUGAUGUAUGUGCCGUCAGAGCCAGGUAUUGAACAUGCCUCAGCCCAGAGUCAAGCUGGUGGUGACCGGGGAUGAUUUUGGGUACUGCGCGCGGAGGAACCGGGGCGUCGCCGAGGCUUUCCUGGCCGGUGGCAUCUCCAACGCGUCUGUGCUGGUGAACGGAGCUUCUGCGGAACAUGCGGCCCAGCUAGCCAAGAGACAUUGCAUUCCCAUUGGACUCCAUGCAAACCUGUCUGAAGGUGCUCCGGUGUGCCAGGAGCUGAGAAGGUCCACGCUCCUUAAUAAAGAUGGCUUCUUUCAUGGGAAGAUGGGUUUCCGUGAAGUUCUGCGGAGUGGAAAAAUGAGCAUGAUGGAUGUGGAGGUGGAGCUUAGGGCCCAGGUGAAGCAUUUUUGCGAGCUCACUGGUCACCUGCCCAAUCACAUGGAUGGCCAUCAACAUGUGCACGUGCUGCCAGAGGUGCGAGAAGUGUUUGCGCGGGUUCUCUCUGAUUUUGGCAUCCCUUACACACGUGUCCCAGUGGAGCCUGGUUUGCACUCUUGUCAUUUCCUACCUCCAAACCUCAGAGAAUUCUACCUGCAGGUUGAGAAAGAUGCACUCCAGUCUGUGGAAGUCUUCCAUCGCCAUGGUAUCAGAUGGCCAGAUGUAUACUUGGGCCUCAGCACGAUGGGGCAGAACAUGUCCUUUUCCAACCUCAAAAGAGUCCUGAACUUUGCUCUGGAGGCACGGACAUCUAUAGCCGCCCAGGCUGAUGGCCUUUGUGCAUCUGAAUCGUAUCAGCCAAUCACAGCAGAGCUGAUGGUACACCCUGGAUACCCGAGUUUUCCUCUGCAGGGCGGGUGUGGUGAAGGACCAGAUGACUUCUCUCAGUCGUCUGAUCGCCUGCAUGAGCUUAACACACUCAGAGACCCGGUGCUGCUUAGUUACUAUCAGCAGCAGGGAAUCCUGCUCUGUGCUUUUAAUGACUUUUAAACAUUAAGGGCCACUUAACCCGGUCCUCAGGUGCUGCACAUCUCAACGGGAUUUCUAACAGACAACACCUGACUUCACUAAUAAGCUUUUCUUCCAGUCCUCACGGGAUAAAUUAAUUACCCAGUCAGGCGUCAAGCAGCUGUGAGAUUGUUUUUCAGAUCACUGGAACAAUCGAGUUCUUAGCAGCUUUUCAACUGGAUCAUCAAACCAUACACGUUACACUGUGACACUGUGUGAGGCCCGGGGACAUGCUUCCAAUAACUGUUAUUAUAGUGUUUUAGGUGUUUGUCUUAUUUGAAGAACAAGUGCGAAAAUCUUCAAAAUGUGGGCUGCUUUCUCAAAUCUUAGAGAUAACUGGAACAUAUUUUACAUUGUUUUAACCAAAAGCAGACGUUUCAAAAAUGUCUGAACUGUGAAAUUUGCAAUAGUGUUGCAUAUGAAGUUUUUAGUGUCAGACUGAGCAUGUGACAGUGAUUAUAUCUUUUAAAAUUAUAUAUAUAUAUAUAUAUAUAUAUAAUGUAUAUUAUCUUUUAAAAUUAUAUAUAAUGUAUAUUUUUCUUACAUCUAUUGUAAAAAAUGUAUGAUAUUUUUAUGGCAUUGAGUGAAUUAAAACUAUAAGCAUUUUAUUCCAUA